AUGGGGACCAUGAACGGCAGGCGGUGGGGUUGUUGUUAUAUUCAGCGCGGCGGGAUCGUGCAUGCGCUGCUGCUGCUGCUGCUGCUCGCAGCAGCAGCAAUUUUUUUGCCUUUGUCUGUUCUAGGAGAGGAGACAACUUCUUCUAUAUAUAUAGAGCAAGAGAUAGUAAAAGGGAGGGGCGAUAGCAGUAUUCAAAAGCUACAGCAGCAACUGCAGCAGCUGCAGGAAGAGCAGCUGCAAGAACGCGAGCAGGAAGUGCAGCAGGAGGAGGAGGAGCAGCAGCAACAGGAGGAGGAGGAGCAGCAGCAACAGGAUGAGGAGGAGGAGCAGCAGCAGCAGCAACAGCAGCAGCAGAAGGUACAGAGCGCAGUAGUGCCCGGCAAAGAAGAAGUGGUGAAGAAAAUCUUAUCACACCCCCCUGCCGGGUUUGCAGAGCUCGCUAAUGCGCUGUCCUUCACAAUUUACG